CACUCUAUCUAUACUGACACUGUACACUCUCUCUAUACACACACUGUACAUCAUACAUUCUACACACUGUACACUGUAUACAGUACACUCUAUACUGAAACUACGUUGUAACUCGCUACUGACACGGUAUUCAGGGUUAUCGCCCUUACCAGUGUGUGUCAGAACGUGACGUCAUAUUGUGACGCAAAUUUAGAUUGUACGUAGAGUGAAAAUUAUUUGGAAGACAGCAGACGGCUGUGAGAAGUGACGACAGGCGGACGGAGUGUGUGGAGUGUUGGCUUUGGAUCUUGUGUGUUGAUCCCAGAGAAUAUAUUUGUGUCGUCGACUAGGUGUCAGCCAAGUCAGCGUUUGCGUCUAUUAAGAACUGGAACGUGUGAUUAGAGUGGUUCCUCUAAGAGUUUUGUUCGUGGACAUCGUGAAGUGUUGCCGAGACGACACUUUUCAUUUCUACACCAGGGACAAGGAGGAUGUUACCAGUCCAGGACGUUUUAUCUCUGGUUUCUCAGACGACAACUUCCGGCAGUGCGGUACAGUAGCUGUGACCAUGAACAACACAAGCUGUGAGUCAGCCCAGUGUGACUUUCUACCCGGGGUCCAUCCACACGAAAUCCUCACUCGCAGCCAGUACUUGAUGGCCAACUUCAUCUUGACCUGUUUCAUCAUGCCUGUCAUCAUCGUUAUCGGCCUGCCCACCAACAUCAUCAACUGUGUGGUGUUCUGGCGCCAGGGACUUGGGGACCGCAUGAACGUCUGUCUCUUUGCUCUGUCGUUGGUUGACCUGAGCAUGGUAAGUGUCCCCACCCUCUACAGCAUCGCCUACUACACGGAGCAGAGCGAUCCUGUCACUCACGCUGGUCUGUCGUGGUACUUCCAAGUCUACAUGUCUGGGGUCGGUCACGGGUUUCGAACUGCCUCUGGCUUCAUCACCAUCGUCAUAGCCGUGGAGCGCUGUCUGUGUGUCACCUUCCCCCUCAAGGCGGCCUCUUUGAUCAGCACUCGCACCAUGGCGACGACUGUGCUUUUAAUUGCUGUGCUUACUCAGGUGGCGUUCUUGACAAUACCCAUGACAAUGAGGGUGGAAGUAGUUCAGGUGAGUAACAGCACGAUAAUAGGAAUCGGUGACUCUGAUUUCUACCGCGAAAAUCAAGUUUUCUUCACAAUCUUCGAAAACAUGAUCAUGUUAAAUGUAGUGCCGCUAGCGACAUUUAUUAUCAUCUGCGUGUGCACCGCCCUGACGGUGGUCAAGCUGAGGGCCGCCAUGACCUGGCGGAAGACGACCAGCUGCAGCAGUGAGGGAGGUCAAGGGCAGCACACGGCACUGACCAAGAUGCUGGUGCUGGUGUGCUGUGUCUACAUCCUCACCACCAUCCCCUGGGUCAUCUUCUACCUCGCGAACGUCACAGUGCACGAGUUUUCUCUGGUGGGCCAGUACUACAAUUUAUACAUGACCUCCAUCGUCACGGUCUAUUACUUCCCUUAUAUCAAUAGCUCCCUCACGCAGAAGGGUGAGCAGGUGACAGGGCCACCCUACACAGGCAAAGUGUUUUUGGCCCGCAAGAAGAAACCCGACCCAUGGUACAUACGAGUGCUGGAGUUGUCAUUGUGUGGGGCUGUGGCAGCAGCACUGUACUGCUACUACUACUUUGAAUAUGUUCAUUUUCAUGUCACUCAUGGUUAUGCCCACCUGGGAUACUCAGAGGCCCAGCAUCAGCUGUUGACAAAUUAUUUUGCAUGCAUUACAGGUGUUGGUGUAGAGAAACAUGCAGACAAGGCCAUGGAGUGGUUCAGGAAAGCUGCUGACCAGGGACAUCCACAUGCUGCUUAUAAUUUGGCUAUUGGUCACUUGAAAGGCUACCAGACUGACCUUAAGCCAGGAGAGUCACACCGCCUGAUCCACCAUGCUGCCUCUAAGGGAGUGAAAGAAGCACACCAUGUUCUCAACAAUGUUUGCACGCUUGGACACUGUGUCUAAAGAAAUGCACCAUGUUCUCAAUAAUACUUGCAUACUUACAUAUUGUGUGUAAUAUAUAUAUAUCAAUAACAUAUCAUUUCCGAGUGGAAUUCUGCACAUGGUGUCAAACUUUUGUACUUGAUAAAGUGUCCUAAGCAAUGAGGAGCUAAAAAAAGCUAACCAAAAAGUACAUAUCAUUUGAUGCCUCAGUCAAACUGAAUAAUCAGACCUUUAUUGGCUGAUUAAACUGCAGCAAUUUCAAACUUAUUAAACCAUAAGACAAUAACUUUUAUAGACUGAACUGGAGUGUAGAGAAAUAACAAUGGCUCAUAAUGAAAAGAAAGCUGACGACACGUUACCAAAAACAAAAAACUAUUUUCAACUUAAUUCUAUUAUCUCUAUUGCUGAAAAUGUGCUGGUCUUUAGUUUUUCAUGAAGGAAUAAACCUGACUCUAUCCAUGUAGAACACAUCUACACUCAUUUAUCGAUUGUUUACCAUAUCAAAAUCCUAUGGCAUACCUUAACACUCACUGACUGCACUAAAACUCUGAAAGAGAAUUCAUGCAAUUACAUCGCUGUGACAGCAUUCCUCUGCUGGUUAUAUUCCUCUACAUGUACUACAGUGCAAACAGACCACUGUUGAUAUUAUCUAUCCCUAAAACAAAUAUUUGUUUUAUAUGUGAUAACUAGCACACUUUUAACUAUUACACUGAUUUUUCACAAAUCUAAGAUACUAAGAUACACACUUUAAUGUUUUGCACUUGUUCAUUGGUUGUUAGUGUUUGCUGUUGAAAACUCCACACUUAGUAAAUUUUUGAGUUAAUAAAAAUAAUGACAACAUUGUUGGUUAUCUUGUUCACGCCAUACCAUACCAUGCUAACAGUACAGAUUUUGAUAGCCUCCUUUUCAUAAGUGAAAUAAAAAGCUCCUGAAUAACACAAUCAAAUUGAAUACUGAGAGUUAGCAAGAAAAAAAGAAAAGUGUGGAAUGAAUUACUAAAGUUUAGUAAUCAGCCUUUGUUUACUGAAGAUUUCCUUUAUUAUAGCUCACAACCAAACACACAACUCUUGCUAUAUUUAAGAAAAUAAGCCUGGAAUUUGAACAUUUAAAAAUAAUAAAAAAAUGUUGAGCAUGUACCAAUUUUUAAAUAUUUGGAGCACUUCUUGAUUUCUGUGCAAAACAAGACCAACAAAACAUUAUAGCAUCUUUUUCUUGCAAUUUCUUCCAGCACCAUCCAUACAUUCACUAGGACACUUCAAGGAAUUAUACAAUCACCUUUUUACUCACAUCAUACACAUCAGCCCAUGGGCUUCAAAAUAUAACACAAAUAAGCCCAUAGACUUUAAAACAUUUCUAUCAUUUUCAUCAGUUCUCUGAUGACUGCCUUCAUGGGGUGCAUCUCUCAUAAUGAAGCUUCUGAAUACUAACCUAAUAUAGACCCAUUUGUCACUUGGUGCGAAAACAAUUAUUUAGAAUUGAAUGUGAGUAAUGAAACAGUAUUGAAUGUCAUCAGGAAAAGACUGACAGUACAGCAGGUUACCAUCAACAAUGGACCAAUGAAAAUUGCUUUUCAGUUCAAAUACUUAGGGGUUGUGAAAGGUGAUAAACUAAACUGUCUUAGUUUUCAUACUAAUACUGUAUGCAUGUGUGAAUAUGGGUGUGGAUUUUGUGGAAUAAAUGUGAGACUGCCACUGCAUUGUAAUGAUGAUGCCUGCUGACUACACAUAAGAAAAAAAAAAA